AUGGCCGCGUGGAGCGCCGGCGUUACCACCGAUUUGCUCGCCCGCGCGCUCUCGCCUGCUGCGGAGAAUGGCGCCUCGCGCUGCCUCGGUAUUGCCGAUCGUCGCUCGCCUCCCAGUUGCCGACCCAGUUCUACCUCGCCGCCCAUUCCCACUGCCGCUCUGUUUUCACCCGGCGCGCGCGAUUCCCCUAGCGUGUCCUGCCUCGUAUCGUUCCGCCCGCCACUCUCGCGCGUCCGUGCGAUCUCCGCCUCCUCCGCUUCCGCCAGCGAUACGGAUGGCCCAGAUCUCUCCCCACGGCCGUCCCUCCCUGAUCCGACGCCGCGCGCCGUUCUAGAUUUUCCGCCGGCCGAGGGCUUCGGGGAGGAGCUGACGAAGCUUCUGACGAUGCUUCCGGAGAAGGUUCGAGACGUUUUGCAGCGGCAUCCGGCCGUCCAUUCGCUGGUGGAGGUCGUUCUCGAUCUCGGCCGUCGGCCCGUCGCACGGUUCCCCGUGGGCGACGUUUUCGUCUCUCACACCGCAUGCUCAUUGCAAGCUCCCUCCGUGCAAGCGCCACUCACCUCGCCACCGCCCGCAUACCCCUUCUUCAGUGCGCGUCGUCACUCUCCAUCUCAUCCACUUCCUUUCCCGUUUCCCCUGCCUUCUCCCCUCGUCACCUCCUCCCCCCAUUCCCUCCCCCCCCCUUCCCUCUCGCCGCCCUUCCGCUCCGCGCAGGUUGGGGAGUUCGGAGCGGACAACCGCGCGGGGAUAGACCGCACGCUGCACCGCAUCAGCGCCAUCCGCAACCGCGCGGGGAGGAUCAUCGGGCUGACGUGCCGCGUGGGGCGCGCGAUUUCGGGCAGCGCGGAGAUGGUGCGCGACCUGGUGGCGGGCGGGGAGUCCGUGCUGCUCAUGGGCGCGCCGGGCGUGGGGAAGACCACCGCUAUCAGGGAGGUGGCGCGAAUACUAGCGGACGAGUGCGCACGGAGGGUAGUGGUGGUGGAUACGAGCAACGAGAUCGCAGGCGAUGGGGACAUUGCCCAUGCCGCCAUUGGAUCAGCACGGCGCAUGCAAGUGCCGCAUGUGGAGCUGCAGCACCAGGUGAUGAUAGAGGCGGUGGAGAAUCACAUGCCGCAGGUGGUGAUAAUCGAUGAGAUCGGGUCGGAGCUGGAGGCGGCAGCAGCGGCCACGAUAGCACAGCGGGGCGUGCAGCUCAUUGCCACGGCUCAUGGUCGCUCUGUGGAGAACCUGGUCAAGAACCCGCACCUGCACACACUGGCAGGGGGCGUGCAGACAGUGACGCUGGGAGACGAGGAGGCGAGGAGGAGGGGAGUGCAGAAGAGUGUGAUGGAGAGGGGAGGCCCGCCCGUGUUCCAAGCGGCAGUGGAGAUGCACUCGCGCGGCAGAUGGUCUGUGCACCGCAACCUUGCUGCCACUGUCGAUGCUCUGCUCUCAGGCAAGGCACCGCAGGUGGAGGUACGGGAGAUGGGGCAGCACGGGGAGGUGUGGGUGGAUGGCGAUGCUGCCACUCGUUCCGACAACUCAACCCUGCUCUUCCUCUACCAGGUAUCAGAGGAGCAUGUGGAGCAGGUGGUGGAGGUGAUGGGGCUGGCAUCCCUCUUGGCACUGCUCACUGGAAUAAUCUCACUGCAAAUUCACUUCUCUUCUCUGCCGUGGUUCCCCUGCGCGCAGGUAUCAGAGGAGCAUGUGGAGCAGGUGGUGGAGGUGAUGGGGCUGGCAUCCCUCUUGGCACUGCUCACUGGAAUAAUCUCACUGCAAAUUCACUUCUCUUCUCUGCCGUGGUUCCCCUGCGCGCAGGUAUCAGAGGAGCAUGUGGAGCAGGUGGUGGAGGUGAUGGGGUUGGCGCCACUCAUCACGCUCACCACGGACAUUGCAGCAGCAGACGCCGUGCUGGCACUGCGCUCCAAGCUCAAGGGCAACGCGUGGCUGCGCGGGGUGGCUAAGUUCCGCCACCUCCCCAUCUACGCUGUUAAGGCCAACACAGCAUCUCAGGUGGUGCGGGCCCUUCGUGCCAUCCUCAACCUCCCCACCCUCGCCUCUCCUCCUCCCUCCACUUCCUCGUUCUCCACCUCCACGCCUCUCUCUUCACCCGCUGCUACUCUUUCUCGCGACGCGCCCCUUCCUGGCGUUGCUACUGCGUCAGCCACACCGCCCAACCAACUCUCAACCUUGCAAGAUGAGAGCAGCAAGGGUGGCGGUCGCAGCAGCAGCGGCGACAGUUGGGUGGGUGGGGUUGGAGAGGAUGAGGAGACGAUGAGAGGGGCUCACGGAGGUUCAUUGGAGGACGAAAUUGAUGCGCUUGAGGUGAGUGCCAUGGGAUGGGAGAGAGAGCAUGUCUUGUCCAAGGACAGGCCAUUUGUGACUCUCUUCUUUGUGACUCUCUUCUUCGUCUUCUCUGCCUUUCCGUCCUACCCGCCUGUGCCUGUGGUUCCAUCCAACCCCCAGGAGGCGCGCAUGGCAGCAGAGAGCAUGAUGGGGAGCGCAGCACAAGCAGUGGACCUGCUACCACGCGCCCCGCGCAUCCUCUCCCUGCAGCUGCAGCUCAUCAACGACUACCCCCUCUCCUGGCAGUACGCUGGCUCUUCUGCCACCCGCCGCAUCCGCAUCCUCCCCCUCCCUGCCUCUGCUCGCUCGGAGCUUGCUCCAGCGGCUCGCUCAGAGCUUACCCCUGCUGUCACUGGUCGAUCCGAUCACCCUGUCGGUGCCAUAGGUAGUGUUGUUGACCCCAGUGCAGCGAUUGGUGGGGAGAGUGGGGGUUGGCAGGGAGAGGAGGGAGGUGAAGAGAUGGUGGGACGGGAAGGUGGAGUGGAGCUGAGAGGUGGAUGUGUGGUGGAGAAUGCUGCAGCAGCUGGGUGGACUGUUGUUAGUCUGCCGAGAAAAGGCCUCAUCGCCACUCUUCUCCAUCGUCGACUGCCCUCCCUUGCUCCUCCCUGA